AGUAGAUGGCAGGAUCGCAAAGUAACGUUGAUGGCCAGCCUCUAUUAAGAACCAGAAAAAGGGAAAUACUACUUUUGUGUAGUAGUUUUUUCUCUGAUUGCUGGACUGAUUGUUGGACUGAUUGUUGAGCCAGUUUGAGUAACCAGUUGCAGCGCUGUGGCUAAUUGCUAACGGAUUUGCGCUGUGUUUGUUUAUCAUUUCUCUGCCGACUACAAACGCCAAGCUAGGUUGCUCUGCGUCAGGUUAGUUCAACUUUGACUCACUUGGAGAUGCUCCAAGGUUGCUUGAGAGAGCAGCACAAGAACUUCGACCUGCACAGAGUAAGUUAGUGUAAAUCUAAACGAAAGGGUUGGCAUUUGCAAGGUAAAGACCUGAAGAUGACCUCAAAGAAAGUGGUGGAGCUGUUCUAUGAUGUGGUCUCACCUUACUCCUGGCUCGGGUUUGAGGUCAUGUGUCGCUACAGAAACGUGUGGAACAUCGACCUGAAGUUUCGUCCUGCGUUUCUCGGAGGCAUCAUGCAUGGAGCAGGAAACAAGCCUCCUGGUUUAGUUCCCAAGAAAUAUUCCUACAUGACUAAGGAUCUUCACCGCGCGUCCAACUACUUUCGCGUCCCUGUACGCCCACCUACUGACCCAUUUGAGGUCAUGUUUCAAAAAGGAUCUUUGUCUGCGAUGCGGUUCGUGACAGCAGUGCAGCAUAUGGAGCAGGGUGGAGACAAGCAGGUGGAGCAGGUUUCCAGGGAGCUGUGGAGGAGGAUCUGGAGUGAGGACAAAGACAUCACCAAACCUGAAUCCUUCUCUGAGGCAGCCAAGAAAGCAGGACUGAGUGACAGUGAGAUUGAAAAAGCGCUAAAGUUGUGCACCUCGCAGGAGAUCAAAGAGAAGCUUAAACACUCCACAGAGGAGGCACUCAACUAUGGGGCAUUUGGUUUCCCAAUGCUGAUUUGUCAUAUUGAUGGAAAACCUGAGAUGUUUUUUGGAUCUGACAGAUUUGAGCUCAUGGCCAACUGCAUUGGAGAGAAGUGGUUGGGGCCUAACCCAGACAGCUCUGCCUCCAAGCUUUAAGAUUAGAGCUCUUUUAACUCACUAUUCCUGCCAACACAGAUUUUCUAAGCUGUGCCUUCUGAAAUUAAUCUGUUUAAUUUAAUUUAGUCUACAUAAUUUUAGUUUGAGCCAAAAAAUAAGAAAUACAAUUUCUCUGAAAAUAAUGUUACUUGGAGGAGCUUUCACUACAUUUAGAUGCUAACAGGUUAUGUUUAUUGUUAGCCCUGCUGUCGAUGUGUCUCUGUAACUUAUGUUGUAGUCUGUCCAUUGGUUUGAUUCAGAGGGAUGGGAUUAAUUGAAUCAACUGAAUAAAUGGUUUUUUGUCAAA